UACCCCCCGGACCUGUUCCCGGGCGGCAAGGACGUCGAGACGGUGUACGGCACCGUCCGGGUGUUCGAGUGGGGGCCCGAGGACGGCGACAAGGUCCUUCUGGUGCAUGGCAUCGGCACGCCGUGCAUUGCGCUGGGCGGCAUGGCCUGGGAGCUUGUGCGGAAGGGGUACAGGGUGAUGCUCUUUGAUCUUUUCGGGAGAGGCUACUCUGACGGCCCGUCGAACGUGGCUUACGAUGAGUGUCUUUACACCACGCAGAUCCUCCUCGUCCUGGCCUCUUCGUCGCUGCCCUGGACCGGCGCGUCUUCCUUCUACCUUGUCGGCUAUUCGCUAGGGGGUGCUCUCGCUGUCGCCUUUGCGGCGUACCACUCCCACAUGCUGCGCUCCCUCACCGUCGUCUGCCCGGGAGGCCUCGUGCGCACGUCGCACCUCGGCUGGAAGAGCCGCCUCAUGUACUCUCACAACCUGCUGCCCGAGUGGCUCCUCCGGCGCUGGGUGCGAGCGCGCAUCGAGCCGCAGCACGGACAGAGCGCGGACGUGCCCGACGGCGACGAGGCAGAGGUCAACUUUGACGACGUGCCCAUCUCCGUCGUCAUCGCCGGCGGGAGGGAUAAGAGCAAGAGCACCACUACCACCGCCGUCGUACGGGUCGGGGACGUCGUGCGCUGGCAGCUGGCCGCCAACCCGGCCUUUGUCGACGCGUACAUGAGCACCAUUCGCUACGCGCCCAUCUACGGGCAGCAUGACAAGGUGUGGGCCGUCUUGGGCGAGAAGCUCGCUGCGAACAGGGAGCUUGGCGGCGUGGGCGGACUGCUGCAGCGGGUGUGCGUCGUCUUGGGCGAUCGGGAUACGCUCAUCAUCAAGGACGAGUGGAUCGAGGACACGAGGGCUGUUCUGGGCGAGGAUGGCGUGGAUGUGCGUGUGAUUCCGGGGGGCCAUGAGAUUGCCAUUUCAAAGGGCAAAGAGGUUGCUGAUGCUGCCGUUUCGUCGUGG